AUUGAAAUGGGAGGGACAGGAGCGCCGAUGGCCCGGGAUUACAGCACAGUCAGUGAGAAAUCCGAGCUGGGAGUCCAUGUCUGGGUCCGUGUCAGUUCUCCGGCCCGGCAUACCCUCCAUGGGACACCAUUUACAGCCUCUGGGAUGCUUGAAUCCUUUACAUAGUAGAACUAACUCAGGCUAAAUGUUUGAUGUUGAUUGUGUAAGAAGAUUUCUGUGCCACUGGUAAUCCUGUCCUUCCUGCUCUGGCCUAUGAUUCAUCAGGUGCCUCCUCCUGCUGCUCCUGCUCCUGCUCCUGAUCCUGAUCCUGCUCCUUCUCCUUCUCCUGCGACGGUUAAAUUCGAAGGACUCACUAAAACUAGCAAGAUGAAGGUGAAAUGGACACAGCUGGGUUUGGUCUUCUUUCUUGUUUUGUCACUGGUGAUGACAGGAUGCUUCUUCUGGCAGUACCAGCUGCCCAAACUUCUUCCAGAUGAAGGGAUGGGUCGCAACGCCAAAGCAGAGCGGAUUUGUCCUCGGUUCCCCGAGGCUGUCCAGCUGGAGCAUCCUAUCGCCAGCUUGAAAGAGGCCCUGGAAAAGGUGGACGUCGUGCUUCGUCAGAGCGUCAACCCCAUCAGCCUUCCCUCUCUGUCGGCCAUCGUGAUCUUGAAUGACACGGUUUUAUGGACCGGCAACUUUGGAAAAAGGAAUGCCAGUGACCCUCUUUCAGGACCCCCAAAUGAGUACACAAUUUACAGAAUUGCAAGCCUGUCUAAAAUCUUCCCUACGCUGAUGCUGUACAAACUGUGGGAGGAUGGGAAGAUUGGCUCCCUGGAUGACCCCCUGGAAAAAUACGUGGACAACUUCACCAUCAAAAACCCUCUUGGAAGGACGCGAGACUCUGAGCUGAAAUACGUGACAGAUGGCCUGAUAUUUUUGGACAGCGGGGAGGUUCAGAUCCGCUCCUCCUCAGUCACCUUGCGCAGGAUGGCUAGCCAGCUCUCAGGUCUACCCAGGAGACUCCGGGCCACAAGUCUGCUUUGGAAAGGAAAAACCCAGACUGCAAUCAAUCUGCUGCAAGACGAUGUCCUCGUAGCAGACCCGGGCACUAAAUGUCACUACAGCAACCUCGCCUUCUCACUGCUGGCUCAUGUGAUGGCCGAGCGCGUGGUUGCCGUUGACUACCAGCGGUGGAUCACAGACAACAUCCUGGACCGGCUGGGGAUGGAGGACACCGGCUUUGACAUCACCCCGGGGCUCCAGGGCCAGAUGGCUGUGGGAGUGUACUCCAACGGAAAGCCGGCCCCGCUCUAUGACCUGGGCUGGUACCGGCCUUCGGGUCAGAUGUUCUCCACAGCCGCAGACUUGGCCAAGCUCGUCAUGAUGCUGCUGGGCGCUUAUCACCGCAGGAUGCUGGAGCCAGACUCGUUGAAGAUCAUGCUAACCCCGCUCUUCAGGUGCGAUAAGGACUACUUUGCCAACCGUACUGGGACGCCGUGGGAGGUGAAUGAACUGAUGGGCUACGAGAUUGUGCGUAAAGAUGGCGAUCUGGACGGCUACUCAGCCACCUUCUCCCUGGUGCCCAGACUGAAGCUCGGUCUGGUGGUGCUAAUGGCUGGCAGCCGGUCUCAGAGCCAGGACUUGGUCACCAAGGCCUACAACCACAUCAUACCAGCUGUAGAAAAAGCCUUUAGGGAGGCCAAGAAGGUCCUUUAUCCUCCGCCAAAGCCAGAACCUUACAUCGGCUUUUUCACCUACAGCAACAUCACCUUUUACGAGAUCAAAGUUGGGCCAGACGGAGUUCUGAUCAUGCAACAGUUUGGGCCUCAGAUUGAAGAGCUGAUCCCAGAGAAGUACAGGACAAUAAAGCUCAACUACCUGGUCGACCGGGUGUUCCGAGUGGUUUUUGAAAGGGAGUACCCUUGUGUUUUGAAAGUCGGCACGGCCUCAGUGUCCCUGGAAGCCCAAGAUGGCCAAUUAUUUAACUUCUACACAUUUGGCAAGAGCGGGUUGUCCACUGGCUUUGAUGCUCCAGGACUAAACACAUACAAUGUGGUGAGAAUAGCCCGCAGGCCAUCCUUCUCGACCUGAACUGCAGCAACGCUGCGACCUAAAGACAAAUGGUAUGUGCUUGGGAUGUAAGGGGCCGUAAACAAAGAGGACGCUGUGAAUUUUCCAAGGCCAAGAGAAAAGAUGGGGCCAUUUCAGCGGUCAGUUUGUACUCCAGAUUUACAAAGAGCACACAAAGGGACGGCAAUGUGAAUAAUGUCCUGAACAUAAUGAUGUGUGGAUCCCAAUUUAACAUUUUGUGAUAGGGUGCAUGUGUUUUUUCCUGCCUUUUCCAGUCUUUUCUGUCCUUGAGUUUUCAUGAGAGAGCACAACAGAACAAAACACACUCCUGUUGUGGUCAUUAUUUAAUUUCCAAUUGUUGGACCAUGAUUACAAUUUCCACAAUGUCGGCCACACAUUUCCCCACUGGGAGGGAGGAUAACAGUAUUUAAAUUCUUUGUGUCAAGAUUUAUGCUUGUGACAAGUAGAAUCAUGUCAUUUGUUAUGACACGCAUGAAUAUGAUUCACUUUUAUUUAAAUGUUGCCACGGGUACGGAACUGCUGAGUUAAUGUCAAGGAUCAAAAUAGUCUGGCUCCCUAAUGGGAGGCCAUUAAGGACGAAGAAGCUUUGGGAAGCCUGUGUGAUUCUUUGCUGUUUAAUCCCCAAAUAAAUGGACUCCAAUCUGUCCUGAUCUCUAACACCAAUAUCCAUAAUCCACUGUUCUCUGACUGCUGCAGGAGAAUUAAUUUUCACAUUGAUUUAAGAGGAAAUGGAAAUAGAUUUUGACUAUGUUGUUUUGUCUUGAAGCACCAGUUGCAGCAAGGCUAUGUGAAUGCAAUACUAAGAAAUAAAUCCAAUGCAUUCUACCUGGCUGUGGAUGGAAAUAUUGAAUAUGAUGUUCUCACAGGCCACAAAUUAAAGUUCGUUUUGGUGGAUGAUGAGAGGAACGUUGAAUUUGGGUCAUAAAGUAUAAGAAACAAAACUGAACCAACAUGCAAAGUAUACCCUGUGUUGAUUCUCAGUUAUUGUUGAGGUUCGUCAUUUUGGAUGAGAUGUCAGAUGAUAGGGAUGCUGGUUUUAGAAAAGCAAUCACACAAUGCAAUCAUGAUGAUGAAUAACACUUCCUGCAAUCAUAAUCCACAUUCAUAUAUUUAUAUAUCAUUAAAGUAACGAAACAUCAAACGUAACCAGUCAUUGACAUUUAAAACGUUUAUUUAUCUUACAUCAGACAUUGCACAAUAGCCAUAAUCACUUUAUAACUCUGCAAUCACAGUGAACAUGGCCAGCCAAUCAAUCAAAUCAGGCAUGGCCGUGCAACAAGAGACAAAACCAGAUUAGGAAAAGCUCACAGCAAAGCAAUUGGCUACAUUCGUUGUGCGCAAAUACCACUAAAACAUGGGAAAGUAUUGUAUCUUUUUUUUUUUUUUUUUUUGUCUGUCCAGCAAGACACAUCAUUUUCCGAAUAAAGAUAAAUAUAAUCAAGUGCAUCAUGUUUUUAUUCAUAUCCGAUUUGAUCCCACUUUCCCUUAAACAGCAGAUAACAAAAAAAGAAAGCAGGUGGAAUAUGCAGGCAUGUUAAAAAUGUCAUCCACUGCAAUAAACUAAAUCAAAUCAAAGUUCAUAUGCUGUACAUGUAAGCUCUUUAAACACAUGUACACUAAUGAGUAAUAUGUUUUUAGGU